UUUUCUCAAUCUUCGCCUUUCAUGUGACAAAACAGAGAGAGAUUUGGGAGAGAGAGAGAGAGAUUUGAGAGAGAGAGAUUCUGGUGUUUCGUAGGUUUUCUUAAAGGGUUUAAGGUGGUGUUUUGUGUAUUUCAAUGGCUUCAAGACCUGCUGUUCUUCAACAAAACAGAGAGGCCGCUGGAGGAGCAGUAAAGCCUAAGAACAUGGCAGGCGGAGAGGUGAGGAAUCGUCGUGCACUUGGUGACAUCGGAAAUCUUGUAACUGUUCGAGGAAUUGAUGGAAAGAAGCAGCCAAUCCCUCAAGCCUCUCGUCCUGUAACCAGGAGUUUCUGUGCCCAAUUACUUGCUAAUGCCCAAGCUGUUGAAAAGAACAAGAAGCAAAGGGCAAUUGUUGGGGAUGGGGCUCUCGAGGUCAAACACGUGACCAAAGCAGCAGUACCUAAGGCUGUUGUUCAUCAAAAGAAGGUCAAUGUAAAGCCGAAGACUGAAGAUGUCACCGUAAUUAGUCCAGACACCGAAGAGGAGGGCAAGAAAGUUGACAAGAAUUUAAACAAGAAGGCCACAGAAGGGUCUUCGAAGGAGAAGAAAGGGCAGGCUUUUACAUCAACACUCACAGCAAGGAGCAAGGCUGCUUGCGGAUUAACCAAAAAACCCAAGGUGCAAAUUGUUGAUAUUGAUGCCGCUGAUGCCAACAAUGAGUUGGCAGCAGUUGAGUAUGUGGAGGACAUGUACAAGUUCUACAAACUUGUUGAGAAUGAGACCAUGGUUUUCGACUACAUACAUUCACAGCCUGAAAUUAAUGAGAAAAUGAGAGCAAUUCUUGUGGACUGGCUGAUUGAAGUUCACAACAAAUUUGAUUUGAUGCCAGAGACCCUUUACCUCACAAUCAACAUAAUUGAUCGCUAUCUGGCAAGGAAGACGGUGCCAAGGAAGGAACUGCAGUUAUUGGGCAUUAGUUCAAUGCUCACAGCCUCAAAAUAUGAAGAGAUAUGGGCACCUGAAGUGAAUGACUUCACAAAAAUCUCAGACAAUGCCUACACUAGUCAACAAGUGCUUGUUAUGGAGAAGAAAAUUCUCGGUGGGCUGGAAUGGAAUCUGACUGUCCCCACUCCUUAUGUGUUCCUCGUUCGCUUCAUCAAGGCCUCCCUUCCCAAUGAACCUGCUGUGGAGAAUAUGACAUAUUUCUUGGCUGAACUGGGAAUACUGAAUUAUGCGACGAUUCUGUACUGUCCAUCGAUGAUUGCAGCCUCUGCUGUUUACGGGGCACGUUGCACUCUCAACAAGACUCCUUUCUGGAAUGAUACACUCACAUUGCAUACCGGCUUCUCAGAGCCACAGCUAAUGGAAUGUGCCAAAGCACUUGUAAGGUUCCACUCAUGUGCAGCAGAGAAUAAGCUGAAAGCGAUUCACAAAAAGUACUCGAAUGCUGAGCGAGGAGCUGUCGCGCUGCUUCCACCGGCCAAGGCUCUCUUGACUGUUGCUGCUGCGGCGCCACACUAGUGAUCAGAAAAGCGAGAAAUUAAUAUUUAGACUAAUACAUGUUUAUCUCUGGAGUCUGUUGCUCUUAGGAGAUGAUGACUGUGUGUUCCUAUAACUCAUUAUUUGAAUUCUGUUUUAUGAUGUUCUUCAUUCUUUUAAUCUGCGUUUCUAGGAUUUUCCCAUAAAUUCUUGGGACAAUGAAAUGAAAAUGAGCUUAUAGAUAUUAUUAUUACA